AAAUACAUCUCAUUCUCAGCUAAGCGAUUUUAUCCUAGACUAAAAUUUUGUUGUAUAAAAGCUUUUAUUUUACAUUGAACAUGAACGAAAACAAAAAUUUUGGAAAUUGCAAAGUGGGAACUUGCAACUUUAUGUGCCCUGCAGCUGAGAUAGAGCUAAGAACUAGAGAAAGAUUAGUACAUUUCCUUGAAAAGACAUUACAAAAUGGAAGGCUUCAGACUGAUACAGAUAAAAUGGUUAAAGAAUACAGUAGGCCAGCAGCAGGUAAACGAGACCCUGGUCCAGAUGACCUUCGACCUCCAGAAGUUUUAGUCAGAACUGUCGAUUAUCUUCUUGGUAGUAUAUCAGCGAGAAAAGAUGUUGCCUGGAAAGAUAUAUACGAUUUUGUUUUUGACCGAUUACGAUGUGUUCGACAAGAUAUGGUGAUACAGAAUAUAGGGGGCAGCAGUGGUAUAAACAUACUAGAAAAAAUAGCAAGAUUUCAUAUCUAUGCUGGAUACAGAUUAUGUACUGAACCAAUAGCAAGAUUCGACCCCAAGAUUAACAACCAACAUACACAAGAAUGUUUGAAAAGACUAUUAUAUGUAUACUCAGUUGUACCUGGUGACCAUGACAACAGACAGGAGUUUGAAAGUGUUUAUUUAUUGUAUAAUCUGGGUCAGACUGAUGCUUUGAUGCACUUUUAUGAUUUAAGUAAAGAUUUACGGACUUCAUCCCUCAUUAGCUUAUGUUAUAGGACCAGUAUUGAAUACAUGCUAGGAAAUAAUGUCAGGUGUCUUCGUUUGCUCCACCACUAUCAAUGUAAACAGUAUCCAAUAUUACUGUGUGCUCUACAUCGCCAUCUUUCAAACAUCCAGAGACAAUCCUUGCAGACUAUGAAUACAGCCUGUAGCUCAAAAGCAUCCAAAUAUCCUGUGGAGAACCUCUUAAAGUUGUUUAUGUUUACAGAUACUGAUCAUGUGAUCUCAGAAUGUGAACAGUGUGGUUUGAACAUUAGCUAUGAUAAACAGUCUGUGAACUUCUUGAAAGGAUCUUUCAACCAUCCGGACAAGGAGCACAAAUCUUACUUAGAGGUUAUAGACAAAUUAAUAACAAUGGAUAAUUUAUCUGACAUUCUUCUGAAAAAGCUACCACCAUAGUCGACAUAAGUCCUGUAAAAUUUGCCAUUGGAAUGGAAAAUUAAGUCAAACAUUUUAUUAGAAUUAAAACAAUAUCAAAACAUUUUUACCAUUUUUAAUAGUUUCGGAAAAUAUUGGAUGAAGUGUACCGUUUACAAUUGCAGAUGAACGCUGUAGCCAUAAAUUCGCUGUAAGAUUUUAUAUCAAAUUAAUUAGAAUGCAAUUUUUACAAAGGUGUGAUUUCUUAAAUGAGAAAACAGUAUUUUCUUUUUACAUAUACAUUUAAAUAAGAUUUGAGGUAUUAUUUUGCAACAAACUUGAAGAAUAUGAAAUUGAAUUAAAUUAUAUAUUUUCAAAUUUUUUAUCGUUAAUUUUAUUGUCUAUUGGGAGCCUUAGAUUUUAGAGUCAAUGUAUAUUUGCAAUAUGUGAAAUUUUGUGUGGCUAAAUAUUUUUCUCAGUUUUUUUACUGUUUUAUAUACAAUUAACUUUUAUAUAUUGUAAUGUAAUUGUGAUAUAUAAUUAGAUUUUAAUGUGAAUCUUAAGACUGGCAAUAUAUUUUAUCAUAUUUAUUUUUAAAACAUAUUUUAUCCAUGUUAAACAUUUUAAAAUAUGUAUUUUUUUUUAUUUAUUUAAGGUAUUUUUUGGCUAUAGGCUUUUCCAUUAAAAUUGAUCUGGAGGGAGGGUAUGAACUAACUUCUAAAUAUUUCUAAUGCAACAUACUUUUUUUUUAGUUAUUUGCAAAUUGGAGGAUUUGAAUGGGUUUUACAGAAUAGAAAAUAAGGGGGAAAGAUACAGUGAAAAUAAAGGGCAGAAAAAAAAUAAAAAAUAAAUGUAGAUUAAAAAAUGAAUAAUUGGGAGCUGAGAUAUGAAGGAGGAGAGAGAAUGAUUUUAAAAUGCUAAAAUUUGAAGAAUAAAGAGAAUUAUUGAAUGGAAUUACAAUAAGAAUAGAGAAUAAUGGGGGAGAUAAAAGAAUAGAGAUUUUUUUAAAAAGCAUCAAAAUUUGAAAAAUACAUAUACAUGAUAUAUGAAGGACCUCCAUUUAGAGCCCUCAAAGGUGCCUUCAUAACAAAAAAUUCACUUCCUGCCCUCCCACAUCAUUUUUGGGGAAUAGCCUGAAACGUCAUUAUGUCUUUUAACAAUUAUUUUAUUGUCAUAUGGUCUCAUAUUGUUUUGUAUUUUUAAUUAUAUUUAUAAAUCAAUUAAACAUGUA